GCGGGGCCCGGCGGAGUAUAGAAGAACUUGGCCGGCGCCGGCCACUGAGGGCCCCCGGGGAUCGGACGGCCACCGAUCGGCGAGACCCACCGAGCUUCGGCCGAAGGAGCAGCGCUAGUGCGCACGCUGGGCACCAUGACACCUGCACCUGCCUUCAACAAGCCCAAAGUGGAGCUGCACGUCCACCUGGAUGGAAGCAUCAAGCCCGAAACCAUCUUGUACUUCGGCAAGAAGAGAGGGAUCGCCCUUCCGGCUGACACAGCGGAGGAGCUGCAGAAGAUCAUCGGCAUGGACAAACCAGAGUCCCUCCCGUACUUCCUGUCCAAGUUUGAGUACUACAUGCCUGCUAUCGCGGGCAGCAGGGAAGCCAUCAAAAGGAUCGCCUAUGAGUUCGUGGAGAUGAAGGCCAAGGAGGGCGUGGUGUACGUGGAGGUGCGCUACAGCCCGCACCUGCUGGCCAACUCCAAAGUGGAGCCAAUCCCCUGGAACCAGGCCGAAGGGGACCUCACCCCCGACGAGGUGGCAGACCUCGUGAACCAGGGCCUGCGUGAGGGGGAGAAAGCCUUCGGCAUCAAGGCCAGGUCCAUCCUGUGCUGCAUGCGCCACCAGCCGGAAUGGUCCCCUGAGGUGGUGGAGAUGUGUAAGAAGUACCGGCACCAGGGUACGGUGGCCAUGGACAUGGCUGGCGACGAGAACAUCCAAGGCAGCAGCUACUUCCCGGGGCACCUGGAGGCCUACAAGGAGGCAGUGAGGAGCGGCAUUCACCGCACCGUCCAUGCCGGGGAGGUGUGCUCCCCAGAGAUCGUGCGCGAGGCUGUGGACGUACUCAAGACGGAGAGGGUGGGGCACGGCUACCACACCCUGGAGGACGAGGCCCUUUACGCCAGGUUACGGAAGGAAAACAUGCACUUCGAGGUGUGUCCCUGGUCCAGCUACCUCACAGGCGCGUGGAAGGCGGAAACGGAGCACCCAGUGGUUCGGUUCAAGAACGACAAAGUUAACUACUCGCUCAACUCAGAUGACCCGCUUAUCUUCAUGUCUACCCUGGACACUGACUACCAGAUGACCAAACGGGACAUGGGCUUUACUGAGGAGGAGUUUAAGCGACUGAACAUCAAUGCCGCCAAGUCCAGCUUCCUCCCAGAGGAUGAGAAGGAGGAGCUCCUCAACCAGCUCUACAAAGCCUACGGGAUGCCACUGCCGCCAGCCGCUGCUGCAGGGCAGGACCCCUGAAGAUGGCAUGGCCUCCUCUGAGCCCUCACCCCACGGAUGGAGCCUGCACAACUCUGUGGGAUCAAGUGACACUUAACCUGAAUUCCCUCCUCAAGACUAAGACUUUAGGAGUUAGCUACUGUUGUGUAUCACACGCACAAACCUGGGAAUGGCCACUUCUCACCUCUGAUUGUGUAUCCUUCCCAGGGACUAGAGCCCUUGUCAAGGGUGACCGUGAAUCUGAGGCCCCCUGUCCUCAGAUGACUCGUGCUGAAAAUCUGGUGCUCAAUAAAGCUGCCAGUGGCUGGCACUGUAUAGCC